AUGGCUACAUCAGUAGGUGGUGCUAUGCUCUUGAAGGCAGUCGAUGCAAGUGGCAACAUAAAAGAUGUUGAGUAUGUAGUAAAUUUGUUUAUACCAGUGAUCAAAGAUGUGGGAGAACACAAUGUUGUUCAGAUCAUUACUGAUAAUGGGAGUAACUUUAAGGCUGCUGGGGGUAUAAUUGAAAGUACAUAUCCUCACAUCUUUUGGACUCCAUGUGUUGUGCAUUGCCUAAAUUUGACACUAAAAAGCAUUUGUGAACCAUCUGAAACCUCACCUCAAUAUACUCAUUGUAAAUGGAUUAUUGAUUUGGUGAGUAGUGUUCAAAAUAUAAGAAAUUUCAUUGUUAACCAUGGUAUGGUACUCUCAAUUUUCAAUAAUUACUCGGAAUUGGGUUUACUAAGGGUAGCGGAAACAAGAUUUGCAUCAAGCAUAAUCAUGGCAAAACGUUUGAAAGAAGUGAAGGAUGCACUUGAGAAGAUGGUGAUGGAUCCAACUUGGAGAAGGCUUCUAAAAGGAGAUGGAAAGUCAACAAUUAAAAUCAAGGCUAGGGAAGUUAAAAAAUGCAUUGUGAGUGACAGUUGGUGGGAUGACUUGGAAUAUCUCUUGGAAUUUACUGAACCUAUUGUUGAUUUUUUGAGGUUAGCAAACACUGAUGCCCCUGUUCUCCAUUUGAUUUAUGAUAUGUGGGACACAAUGAUUGAGAAAGUUAAAUUCAGAAUAUUUGUUCAUGAUAAACAAGAUAUGCUGACUGGCCAAUCAAAUUUCUUUGAUGUCAUUCACAAUAUAUUGGAAACAAGAUGGAAUAAAAGCAACAAUCCACUGCAUUGUAUGGCUCAUUCAUUGGUUCCUAAAUACUACACUGAAGCUUGGAUUAGAGGUGGAAGUGAUGGAGUUCCACGGCUCUCACCACAUGAAGAUCAAGAGGUCUCUUCGAAUAGAAGUAAAUGUUUCAAACAAUUAUUUAGCAAUCAAGAUGAUCUUCGGAAAGUUUAUAUUGAAUAUGGAGCUUUUUCAAGUGGAUCCGGUUACUUCAAUGAGUCUCAUGUUAUUGAUGCAAAAUUAUAUGAGGAACCAAUUUCAUGGUGGGCAAAUCAUGGUUCUUCAACACCAAUGUUACAAGCUUUAGCAUUCAAGCUUCUUUCACAGCCUGCAUCAUCAUCUUGUUGUGAAAGAAAUUGGAGUACAUAUUCUCUUAUUCAAAGCAUUAAAAGAAAUAGAUUGACUACAAGUAGAGCUGAGGAUUUGGUCUUUGUAUAUUGCAACCUCCGUCUCAUGUCAAGAAAGAAGAACGAAUACAAAGAAGGGCCGACAAAGUAUUGGGACUUAUGUGGUGAUAAGUUUGAUAUUGAUGGUAAUACUCUUGGGGAACUUGCUGAACUUUCCAUCAAUGAGCCAGAGUUAGAGCUUAUAACAUUUGAUGAUGCAUUUGAAGAAGGGCAAGAGGCUGCCUUAGGGGCUGAAGUUGAACCACUUGAAGAAUUCUAA